GUGCGAUCAUUUAUCAGCAAUUAUACGAAUUUUAUAAAGUCGCGGAUACUUUACGAAUUAUAUUUAUAGUUCCGCUUUCUACGGAUGGUAAAAUCAUUUUUGAGAAAAAAAAAGUUCAAUUCAAUCUAGAGGACAGCACUGUGCAUGCAAUUGCAUACCGGUUGUUUCGCAAUUUUUCAACGGUUAAAACGCGGCUGUUGCCGUUUUCGAGUGCUUCGUUCAAUUUGUAAAUAAAUAAUUUGUAAAUAAAUAAUGGCUGAAACCUGUGAAAAUUUGCGAAGGUCUACGAGAAUUACCCGAGCUCGAAUUAUAAGUGAUAGCGAAGAUGCUCGUACACCUACGAAACACACACCCAGGCGUUCCAGCACUUGGAAAGUCGCUAAACCAUUUUUUUACAAUCCGGAACUGGAACAAGAGCUUGAAACCAUUGAAGAAAAUGUACAGAAACCAAAGGAACUAUUUGACGAGACAGAUGUGAGUGCAAAUCAAUACUGUACUUUUCAAACUCCAUCGAAAAAGCAUUCAAUGCUAGAAAGAGCAAAGCUUUGUCGAACUCCCGCAACGCCACGAACACCUGAAAAGUUGCCUGAACUGAAAGUCAUUGUGGAAAGAGUAGAAACAUCUCCUCCUAGAAGAUUCACCAGGUCAAGAAUUAAAGCCGAGACGCCGGUUCGCAGACAAAGAUUCUCCACUAGGCUCUCUGCGAGUGAGAGUGAAAGCGUAUCAGACGACAGCGAAUAUAUUCCAACGGAUGAUGAAAAAAGUAGCAGUAGCAAUAAUGAAGUAUCUGAGCCUGACGUUGAAAAUGAUAGCCAGAAGGACACGGGAAAAAGAGGUCAAACCAUUCGGUUGAAGAAUAUUCCUGCAACUCCAUCAUUAAGGCGCGGUAGAUCAAAGAAACCAGUCGCGUAUUCUGAUUACCAUUUCAAAACGGAUGACUAUUUUGAGGCACAAUCCGAAAAAGCUCUAACGUCUGAUCGUACUCUCGCAAGACUGAAAAAUCCGCGAUUGAACGAAGAAAAGUUGCAAGAAUUAUUGGAAAAUCAAAGUCACAUAUCCAGGACACAUCGUGAGGCUAUAUGUAGAUUAAAUGAUGGUUAUCGAGCUUUGUUCCCAAUGUGGUACCACAUCAUGGAAGAAGGUUACAGUCUCUUGAUUCAUGGCUUAGGAUCAAAGAGAACUUUAAUAAAUAAUUUCCACAGUGAGGUUCUAAUGGACCAUCCGUCUUUGGUCGUCAACGGAUUUUUUCCAAGUUUAACCGUGAAGGAUAUACUCGAUAGUAUUAUCACAGAGCUAUUGGAGUUAGACAGUCCUACAAAUCCCAAUGAAGCUUUUGACCUGAUUGAAGAAACGUUAACAAAAAAUCCAGACGAUCGUCUUUAUUUGUUUAUACACAAUAUCGAUGGUUCUAUGUUGCGAUUCAACAAAGCUCAAGACACGUUAUCGCGACUUGCUGCGAUAUCGAACGUCCGUCUCAUUGCAUCGGUCGAUCACAUCAAUGCGCCACUCAUUUGGGACAACGCAAAGCGUUCUCGUUAUAAUUUUUACUGGUGGGAUGCAACAACAUUUUUGCCAUAUGAAGCAGAAACAUCCUACGAGAGCUCAUUAUUGGUGCAACACAGCGGUUCUCUUGCACUAUCAUCUUUGCACAAUGUAUUCCAGUCGUUAACUUCCAAUACAAAAGCAAUUUAUAUAUUGCUCGUCAAGUAUCAAAUCGAGAAUGGCAAAAAUCAAAAUUAUCCAGGAAUGGCGAUUAAGGAUCUCUAUCGUGGAGCAAGAGAAGGAUUUCUCGUCAGCUCGGAUCUGGCACUGCGGGCCCAACUGACAGAAUUUAUAGAUCACAAAUUAGUCAAAACUAAAAGAAACGUUGAUGGUGUCGAGUAUCUCUUGAUUCCAUUGGAUAACGCAUUGUUACAAGAAUUUCUCAAUCAACAGAACGAAUCUUGAAAACAGUAAUUACUAUCAUUAGUGUAAUUAUUCAGUUUCUAUUUUUUUUAUCACAUUACAUUCGUUUUUGUUUGUUUAUUUUUUACUCUUGUCGACUGAAUAAAUCGUAUUUUUCUACGAA